AAAAAAAAAAAAAAAGAAAAACUCCACUGAGGGAAUCCACUAAACAGGAAAUAAAUAUGUCAUUUUUUUUUGUAGCUAUUUUUCCUAACCUGUUGAUGGGAACCUUUUAGCCGCUCGUUUGCACGAAGGUCCACCGUGGGGGCAUGCGAACUUCUGCUUGUAAACGCCGCGCUGACGUGUUGCGCGUACGCCUAUCAUCCCCCGCCAUCAUGUCAUGGCGCUUGGGAAAAUAGGAGGGGGGAUGCAGAAUGAACUCCGCGACCGGCGCGCAGAGGAGUUUGCUCCCGUUCGGUUGCCCAUCGAGCGGAAGCGACUUUGGUGACCUGGGCGUACAAGCCCGUGCGGUUCAGGGGUGUAUGAAUUGGCAUAUGUACGUAUUGGCGUAGGUACAUAUUGGCGCAUAUACGCAUUGGCGCAGGUACAUAUUGACGCAUAUACCUAUUGGCGCAUAUACCUAUUGGCGCAGGUACCUAUUGGCCCAUAUACACAUUGACGCAUGUACGAACCCCCCCUGCGAGCGCGAAAAUGCCUCCUGCCGAGGGAAAGGCCAAGCACGCCGACCCGCCCACGAGAUUCCCUAAAGAGUGACAAUAAUGGAUUUAUUUACCAUCCUCUUUGUUUUGUUAAUUUUAUUUUUUAUAUUCGAUUAUAAUUUUUGCGCAAAGGGGUUGGUCUUUUCGAUUGGAAACAAAUCUCUGCGGAUUCUUAAGGGAUGCAGCAGCCUGGAGCGAGUCUACCGGAGCCCGCUUUACCUGAUGCACCCAGUGCUGCAACAGCUGUUUGUACACAUCUUCUACGUUUACUUGGAAAAAAAGAAGACAUACGUAAAUCACCUCAUAUGGAAAAAAACGAAAGAAAAAAAAAAGAAGCCAAACAAGAGCAACCCGGGUAAGACAGAAUGGAAAGGAGCACUAAACUUAUGGCACUCCAUAGGAAUAACUGUUGGCCAAAUAAUAAAAUGGGUGCGAAAUAAAUUGUGGCAAUUUUUCUUCCUCAUAAUUGAAUAUACCCGAGUGUACGAAAAUAUCUGCCUCAAGUCAAAAAUCAACACGAGGGAAGUUCUUAAUAACAACAAUUUUGGCGUUGUAAUUGUGGACUACUACCUGCCCAAUUGUACCGUUAAGAAAAAAAAAAAAAAUUGCGAAAGUUUGAAAAAGGAUAACUACGAAAUUGACUUGUACGAUUUGGUAAAUAUAAAACAGGAGAAAAAAAUAAAACUCAUUUUAAUUGACCAGAAAUGGAAAGCCGCGCUGAAUAUUGGACCCACGCAGGAUGCCCAUGUGCAGUUUCUCUACCUGCAAGAUACGGUCCUCAUUCAGUAUUUCCAGUUUGCCUGCAUAUUUAAGGAGGAAUUCUUAAAGAAGUCUAGUGAGCCCCAUGUGGAUGGGAGGGACCCACCCGAGGGGGGGGCAGCGAAGGGUCACCUUGGGCAGAACGUGGCAAAUGGGGACAAUGAGAGGUGUGCCACACAGGGGGGAGAAGCCAUAGUGAGGGAAGAAGCCAUAAUGGAGGAAGAAACCACAGUGAGGGGAGACCACCUGCGGGGGGAACAAUUCGACACAUGCGACGAACGAAGUGGACAUCAGAGCUCCCUCUCGGGGAAGUCAUCCACUGUAGAAGAACCGGCAGAAGGACGCACAGGCAGGAAGCAGAAUGGACUGAAGGCAGAUUCGCAAAAGUGCCAACCAGAACAGAAGAACAAGCUACACAGGAACGGCAGCAGCGAAAACGCUGUGGAGGAUAAAAUAAGGACCCACAUGAAUAAGUGGAAGUACAAAAAUGUGAAAGGCAUAAUCGUAAUCGUGCCAGAAAUAUUUUACAAUUAUGUUAACAUAGAAGAAGUAAAGAACGGAGUCCCUCUAUAUUACGUGCUUGCGAAAGAUGUCAAAAUAGACUCCUUCACCGUUAUCGCCAAAUUGCUGGGAUAUAUCUGUGUGCAUGUUCAUAUUAACAUCAAUUUUGGCUUGUCCAUUCCGUUCAUUUUUAGCAACAAAAAUGCCAACAUACUCAAUAUGGCCAAUGUGGAAGGUAGAAAUGGUGCCGCUAUAGGGGGAACGCCAAACGGAAAUGUAGACCAGCAGUACCUCCAUGGGAGUGCGCAUGGAAACAGUGCAAUGCAACCGCAACAGGUUGUUUCAUCUUACAAGAAAGGUCAGGAGGACCCCCCCUUGAGUGAAAAUCUCCUCCAUGAUGAGAAGAAGCGCGGUCGCGAGGAAGACAAGGAUGCUAAUCGAGUCGCCGAAAAGAUCAACAGUGAUAGAACCAGAACUGCAUGUGACGAUCCCACUGUAGAGGCGACGUUAAAAACGUGUGCAAAUGUAAAAACGGGGGAGGAUGGAGAGGUACAUGCUGGGGGAGGAACAAACGCCCAUUUCAACGCGCCGCUUUUCUCGUGCCCAUUCUCCUUUUACAGCGACAACUACAACGACUUGAAUAUCGCCAUGGCACAUUUUAAAUCAAUUUUUAAAAAUCACAAUUUCGUUUUCCUCGGCUUCAAUGAUGGAACAAAUAUUCUGCUAAAUUACUUUUUGGAAAAAAUUUACAAAAAAAAAAAAAACAAAACAGCAGGUGAUAGUAGCAAAACUCCCCAUUUUAAUUUGCACAACGCCAGUCCGUACAAAUACCCCCUAUUAAAUUACAAAGCGAAGGGGAACGCCGACCAGAAAGUGGACCCACUAAACAAUCAGAGUAAAGAAAAAAAAAAAAACAAUUCGAAAAUUGGGCAGGCAAACAAAAGCGAAGAAGAAGGCGAAAUGACAAAUCAGCAGAGUUAUAAAAAUAAUAUUAUGAACAUUUUUUUUAAAGAAAAAAAAAAAGUCGAAAGUGAACAGACAAAUGGGAAAAACGCCUUUAAAGAGAUCAAAAAAUGGCACAUUGAAAAUUUGAUAUCUGACGUGAAACUGCGAAAGGAUGAAAAUUCCAUUUUGCAACAUGACCAUGUGAAGGACCACCCGGGGGGACAGCCUCCUGCCAGUAGCCAACAUAUUUUGGAGGAAAACUCGAAUGAGUCACAUGGAGUCUCUUACGGAGCGGCUAACCUGCCUGUGAUACGCAUACACGGGGUGGAUGACCAGAUGGAUAAUCACCCCGUGAGAGGUAGCCCUGAUGAAGUGGCGAAUAAGCGGCCCAUGGUAGGGCACAGCACAGAAGGCAAAGCAGAAGAACAAUACGAAGCUGAGCAGGACUACUCGGAUUAUGCGGAUGGCCAUCACGAAGGGGGAGACGAAGAAUCCGAUGAUAGACACACACAUGAGGGGAAGGGUGACAUUAAUGACUCAGCCAUUUUUGAAAAAAAAAAAAAAAAAAAACAUAUGGAAAAAAUAAAAAAUAUGAAAGAAAAAUGGAAAAAGAAAAAAAUAGAGUCAUUUAUGAAUAUAUCCAAAUUAAAUUUUUUUAACAAAGGUAAAGACAUUUGGGGAAAAAACAACUUCGUGAAGGAGAGCGAAUUUAACGCAGUUACUGCGAUGGAAGAGGACAACAAUUUGUAUGCUGACAUGUUUAAAUAUAACUUUAAAAGCGACAGGAACAGAAGCGACGAACACAGCGAUAAGGAGGGCAAUCCCCAUUGCAACAAUGAGGACAGCGACCAACGGGGGAACCCCCGUUUGGCCCAUUUUGCGGCGGGUGAGGGGGAAGACCUGGAUGGCGAUGGGCCGACCAUCUCCCUCGGCACAGCGCGUGGUGAGAAGAAACUCCGUAAAGAAGCGGCGGAUAGUGGAGGCGGACAAUGUGAUGAAAGUGGAGGGGAAGACAAGGGAAAGCAUAAUGAUGACCGCAAUGGUGACCGUAGUGAUAACCGCAAUGAUGACCAGGACGAAGAUCGUGUCCACCCCCCCAACGACGGAGAGGAACCCAAGCCGAUCGAAGGCCCCCCCCCCGACUUUGACACAAGUUCGAUGAAGAAAAAAAAAAAAAUGAUAAAAAUAAACGUACUUGACAAAUUCCGAAAUAAAGAAGCGAAGAUGAUGAAGGAGGGGCGACAGGUGGAGGACGCGUCAGGAAUUUCGCAAAAAUUUAGGUACAGCUUUUUCCGAAUAAAAAAUAAAAUCACAAGUAAUUUCAAAAACGUCGAAUGUAAAAAAACACAGCAAGAAAAAAAUGUCAUGGACAGAGAUCAAAUGAUAAUCAACUCAUUUAUUAAAAAUAAAAAUGCACUACUUCCGGAAGAAGAAAGUGAUUAUUCGGAUACCUCCACAUGUGAUGAAUAUGGAAAAAAACACACAAAAGAAAUUUGCCUUUUAAUAAAUUUUUCCUACAAUAAUAUGUUUGACAUAUUUAAUUAUCCAGAUGAUUUUCACGAGACGCAAAAAAAAAAAUUUUCCCUUAUACAUACGCUUUUUUAUUCUGUGCAUAUUUUUUUGAAAUCCUUUUCGACCCUCAUUAAGCAGAGGUACUUCUUCUCCUGCACAAGUGAGUUGACGAAGUUUUUCAAGGCGUCUUUAUUUCACCGUGUCAGUUUUGAGGCACCAAAUAGGCGAGGUUCCCAAGGGGGUGGGAGUAGCUUGGGGGGCACCUUGCUCUUUGGAUUGCCCACCAGUAGGGAGGGGGCAGAAAAGCGCGUGAAAGGUGUUAAUAAUGGGGAAGAUGGCCGAGCUGCGUUAAGUGCACACCCCGUUUCUGACCUACCGCCUAACAGUGGAGAAAUUCCUUUCGAUGGAAAUCCAAGCGGUGGGGAUUUCCCGAAUUACCCCAGUAAACCAACUAAUGGCGACGAUAACCGCUCCUCCCCCAGCUUUGUUAAAAUUGAUCCCAAUGAUAAUUACCAAAACGGAAGUCGGUGCAGUGUCAGCGGUAAGAAGGGAAGUUUCCUCAGCAUAGGAAAACCCACACAAAGCAGUGAAGGUCGUAACAGUGAUUGUCGCAACGGUGAGGGUCUUCACAACGUCAGGCGUAGCAGCGGCCAUGAACCCAUUCCGAACGACAUGAACGAUGGACACCUCGACAUUUAUCAUACCCACUUGACGAAUGACGAAGACAGUCAUCUGUUUAGCACCACCAACAAGAGUAGAGAAAGCGCAACGAAUCAGAGCUUCUUCAGAGGGAGCCCUCUCGUCUGGCAGAAUCAUCACGAUGGUAGCCAUUUGGGAGAUCAGUCCGGCAACGCGCAUGUGCCCAUUUUGAGUGGCAACGGCGAGGUGGCACGCUCUUCCAAGCAGCGUGAGUGCUGCUUCCAGGGGAACUUCUUCGAAGCGGACAUAUCGUUGCUGUGUGGCGAGCGCGAGGGGGGCUCUAAAUUCCCCAACGAUUGUGACUUUGCAAAUGGGGUGUCCCCCAAUUGUGGCCCCCCAAGUGGGGACUUCCCAAGUGGAGACUUCCCCAAUUACGACUGCUUCGCCCACCUGGAGGGCCUAACCAACGAGGGGGACUCCCCGAACGGGGCGCCUCCCUCGAAAGAACAACGCUGCAGCGCACAGAAAGAGGUGAAUAAAAUAUACGGGGGAAGUACCCCACGUGACGAAUCGUUCGAAAGCGCAAUGAGAGCGUAUUUUAAUGCCAAGGCUAUCUACGACAAGUGGAAAAUCUAUUUUGAAGAAAACAACUUCCAAGGAAACGCGCAAGAAAAAUUUUUGUUUAACCUCACCUUCAUUUAUAACGUGUACAAUUACCUAGUAUGGAUAUACAUAUGCACGUAUUUUAACGAAGAGGCCUAUUUCAGCUUUUGCGGGAGCCACAAAUUUUACCAAUUCACGAAAGAAAUAAAUUUCCUGAAUGAAAAAAAAGAGUUUAAGCGGAAUAGCAGUUUUGUCUCUACCAGUGACAUGUCCAUCAUAAUUCCCCAUUUUUUUUAUCCAAAGGAUUACAAAUUGUUAAAGGUUUUUUUUUACAUGCUACAAGAUUCAGCCAAUCAAUUUAUUUCGAAAAAUAUUGAACAUUUCCAAUUUCCCCUGGUUUUCAUUUUCUGCUCCGACUCCAGAAAUUUCCAUUUCACUCAUUUUGACAUCAUAAAAAUUUCAAAAAAUAAUAACCUCAUUUAUUUGUUGUACAAGAGGGGCAAUGAGGGGUUGUUUUUGUCUGGCUUCAGGCCGUACGUAUGGAUACACAAAGUCCUGUUCGAUUUUGUGGAGUCCCUUUUCUUAUCGACUUUUGACGAUUAG